AUGGUUCUCCAUCAACUCUUUUCCAAAUCACCGGACAAGGACAAGGACAAGAGCAAGGACAGCAAGAAGAAAGACAGGGAGCGCAAGCCCAAGCCAAAACCCAAGGACGACGACUUCAAGGACAAGAAAUCCAAAGCCCGGCCACGCCCGCGGAGCAGAGACCUCUCCGACGGCGUCGACAUUCCCGCACCAGGCGAGCCCUCCUCCAUCUUUCCUCCUCCUUCGCUCUCCAAUUCUCCUACCAAAUCCACCUCGUCCUCGCCCCGCAAGUCCUCGCCCUCCAAAUCGACGCUCUCGUAUCCGGACUUGAAUCCUUCUCACAGCCGCUCAUCUUCCACGGCCUCGAAGACCGGCUUUUUCUCCUCCAACCGCAACUCGCGCACUCAAGAGUCGCACCCGUUAAACCUUCCGCCGGACGAGCUCCGUCGACGUAUUUCCCUCAUGGCGGCUGCUGCUAGGGACGACAGCAUGCGGAGCUCCAUGGAUAUCGACCGCGAGACCACCGCCUCACCCCAGCCAGAGGCUACUCCCAUGAGUACAAAUGGCGAUAACAAUGAUCGCAGCCCUACCCCGCCUCCCCAUCGUUCUCCUCCGCCGAACAGUGAUGGUGGAGAGUCGUUCAAACUUGCCGGAAAUAAGUUUUACAAGCAAGGAGACUACGAGCGAGCUAUACAAGAGUAUAACAAAGCUCUUGAGAUUACCCCCAAUUCCUCCAUUUUUCUUUCCAACCGUGCUGCAGCAUACUUGUCAGCCAACCGCUUCCUUCAGGCCUUGGAAGACGCACAGCGUGCGCUUGAGUUAGACCCGGGGAAUUCCAAAAUCAUGCACCGUCAAGCUCGAAUCCUAACAAGUCUGGGCCGCCCGGCAGAGGCUCUCGAUGUGCUAUCGAAAGUGCAACCCCCCGCGUCUGCCAAGGACCGUGCCACAGCAGAGUCCAUGCUUCGGCACAUUACCCAGGCCGAAGAUUCACUUAACAACGGCAAGGGCGGCUCUUUGGUCAACUUUGCCAUUGACCAAGCCCGGCAGCUAUUAGGCACAGGCGUCAAAGUUCCGCGUAAGUGGGUACUCAUGACUGGAGAGGCUCAACUGAAAAUCGGAAACGAUAACGGGUACGGCAAAGCGCACGAUGUGGCCAUAUCGCUGCUACGAGAGAACAGCCAAGAUCCCGAUGCACUGCUUCUUCGAGCAAGGGCGUACUACGGGCAAGGCGAUAAUGAUCAAGCGUUGAAAUACUUGAAAAUCAGUCUUGGACUGGAUCCAGACAACAAAAUGGCGUUCGCUUUGCUGCGCAUGGUGCAGAAAUUAGUGCGAACCAAAGACGAAGGCAACACGGCUUUCAAGGCCAAGAAUUAUCAGCGUGCAGUAGAACUGUACUCGCAGGGUCUCGAAAUCGACCCAACAAACAAGGAUACCAAUUCCAAGCUCCUUCAGAACCGGGCACAGGCGCGUCUAGCUCUAAAGGAUUACGACAAGGCCAUCGAAGACUGCACGGAAGCCUUGCGCCUCGACCCGGGGUAUGUCAAGGCGCAAAAGAUUCGUGCGAAAGCCUAUGGCGCAGCGGGCAACUGGGACGAGGCUGUCAAGGACUACAAGAACGUCGCGGAAGUCAACCCCGGUGAGAAAGGUAUCCAGGAGGAUAUUCGCCAUGCCGAGUUUGAGCUCAAGAAAAGCAAACGAAAGGACUUCUAUAAGAUUCUCGGUGUUGGCAAGGAUGCCUCUGAUCAAGAAAUCAAAAAGGCCUACCGAAAGAUGGCUAUUCAGCAUCAUCCGGACAAGAACCCUGAUUCUACGGAUGAGAAGUUCAAGGAGAUUGGCGAGGCUUAUGAGACUUUGAUUGAUCCUCAGAAACGAGCUGCAUACGAUAACGGCGACGACCUCAUAGACCCAUCUGAAAUGUUCAGUGGCGGCUCACCUUUUGGCGGCGGCAUGGGUGGAAUGGGAGGCAUGGGCGGUAUGGGCGGUAUGGGCGGCAUGCACGGCGUCAAUAUCGAUCCCAACAUCCUCUUCAACAUGAUGAACGGCGGAGGCGGCGGUGGUGGCUUCGCGCAUGCCGGCGGUAAUCCAUUUGCUGGUGCACAGGGCCGUGGCAACUUCCAAGGAUUCCCUUUCUAA